AUGUCCGACCUGAAGGACGACAACGACAAGCUGAAACGAGAGAUCUCGAAGGCCGAAACCCUGGAGAUCGAGCUCCGCCGCCAGGCCGACCAGUACAGCAAGACCAAUCAGGACUACCUGACCGUCAAGGAUCAGCUACUUGCCGCUCAGAACGAGCUGAACCAGGCCAACCUCAGGAAGCAGACGAUGGAGAGCGAGCUGCUGAACUUGAGAAGCGAGCUGAGGGAUAACAAGCAGAGGGUCCAUGACGUCAACUCUCGGGUCGCUGAUCUUCAGCGUCAACUACAGGACUCUAACGCUGAAAAGAACAGGCUUGAGGAUCGGAUCUUAAACCUUGAGAAGCAGAUCACGCAGCAGAGGAGCACGGAGACCGAUCUUAAGCAACAGCUGGAGACCGGGAAGAAUGAGAAGCGGCAGCUGGUCAAGGAUCUCGAAGAGCUCCGCCGCCGUUUCACCCAGCUCGAAACCGAGAAGCUACAGCAACAAAUCGCCCAGUUGGAGAUGGAGAACGGGAAUCGCAUUCUGGAGCUCACCAACAAGCAACGAGAGGAGCAAGAGAUGCAGUUGAGGCGAAUGAUGCAGGAGAAGGCUCAGAUUGAGAAGGUGAUCGAGAACCGCGAGCGCACUCACCGCAAUCGCAUCCAGCAGCUCGAGGACCAAAUCCGGAUCCUGAGGGAGCAGAUGGAUCAGGAGAGGCGGAGGAGGAGGGACAUCGCCGACCGGGCUCUCGUCUCGGACAUUGGCCGCUUGGGCGGGAACACCCUGGGAAUCCGUAGUUUCGGUCCCGGCGGUACAGACGAUACUACCAUCAACGUCAACCUGGGCCGCAAUGGUAUCCACUCGGCCGGCGGCGCCUUCGGAGGAUUCGGAAAUUAUUCCGGGGUUCGUUCGACGUUUGCGUCGAACCCUCUGACACCACCACUUGGAACCUCUACCCCUACGCACCGCCCGACGUAUGACGGGAGACCGACCUCGGUGCUUGGUAGGGAUACCAGCGGUGCCGGAAGUACCUAUGGAGAUCGAGGCAGUGUGUAUGGAGGACGUUCCAUCGACACCCCCGGACCGAGAGACCCAUCGCUAGUGGAAAUCCCGAAAGCGGAAGAUGACGCCGGCAAGGAAAUCCACGUCCCCUCCGAGCUGAAGUAUGACGAUGGCCAGUCGAGCAUGACCAGCUCCCACUACUCCACCCUCGGCCGAGACCAUGGACUU